UCUCGCGUUACGGAGAGAUAGGGAUUUCCGGCUCCGGUAUCAUGGACGGCGCCUACCCAGAAGAUUGUCACACUGCGGUUGGUGGGAAGAGGCAGCAGUUUGGGAGCCGGUUCCUGAGCGACCCGGCUCGCGUUUUCCACCACAAUGCCUGGGACAAUGUGGAGUGGUCGGAAGAGCAGGCCGCCGCGGCGGAAAGGAAAGUCCAGGAGAACAGUAGCCAGCGCGUGUGCCAGGAAAAGCAAGUUGAUUAUGAGAUCAAUGCCAACAAAUAUUGGAACGACUUCUACAAAAUCCAUGAAAAUGGGUUUUUCAAGGAUAGACAUUGGCUUUUUACUGAAUUCCCAGAGCUAGCACCUAUCCAAAACCAAAAUCACUUGAAGGAAUUGCUCUCAGAGAAAAAGAGGAGUGAAGUACCUGAAUGUAAAAGCAGCGAGGAGGGAUCUGGUUUAAAAAUAGAACAGCAGGAUUGUUCUUCAGUCAGCCUUGGACAUAAAGCACAGCCAACUCCUGUGGAGGAGAAUGUAACUCAGAAACUCAGUCACCUGGAAAUCUGUCCUGCUGAGUUUCCUGGAUCCUCAGCCACCUACCGAAUACUCGAGGUUGGUUGUGGUGUGGGAAACACAGUCUUUCCAAUUCUACAAACUAACAAUGACCCAAGACUCUUUGUUUACUGUUGUGAUUUUUCUUCCACAGCUAUAGAACUGGUCCAGACAAAUUCAGCAUAUGAUCCUUCUCGGUGUUUUGCUUUUGUUCAUGAUCUCUGUGAUGAAGAUAAGAGUUACCCAGUGCCAGAGGAUAGUCUUAAUGUCAUCAUCCUCAUAUUUGUACUCUCAGCAAUUGUUCCAGACAAGAUGCAGAAAGCUAUCGACAGGCUGAGUAGGCUUCUGAAGCCUGGAGGGAUGAUGCUUCUGCGAGAUUAUGGCCGAUAUGACAUGGCUCAGCUUCGGUUCAAAAAAGGUCAGUGUCUGUCGGAAAAUUUCUAUGUGAGAGGUGAUGGCACCAGAGUUUACUUCUUCACACAAGAUGAACUGGACACACUUUUCACUACUGCUGGACUGGAAAAGGUUCAGAACUUGGUGGAUCGCCGGUUACAAGUGAAUCGAGGGAAACAACUGACCAUGUACCGAGUUUGGAUUCAGUGCAAAUAUCGCAAGCCUAUUCUGUCCAACACUGGCUGAGAGGCAUCUGCUCCUGAUAUGCGAGCUCAUUGAGGCUUUUUUAAAAGAAUGGUGUCUUGUUGAUAUUGAACUAUUCAAGGAUGCAAACAGACUUGAACCUGGGAAAAAUUAUUUUUUAUCAAGAUUCUUAGUAUUUUGCUUCAUAUCUGUGAAGCCCUGUGAUAUGUACUUUUCUCGAGUUUUUUUCUUACUUGGAGAUCUCAAAACCUUUCUUGCCGUUUGUAACUUAUCUUAAUAAUUGAAAUGUUAUUCAUGGGUGUCAAGAAUUUAUUUACAUUUGGAAGUAUUAUAUAUGAUAAAGUGAA